CCGGGGUUUCUUCGUAGAGGAAAUUACAAACCCCCCGUUCUGUUUCGUGUGGUCUUUCGCUGCGUUUGUAGCAUGGGCCUACCUGAGUGCCCGUAUCUUACCUGUGCUCAGUGCUUGGCUGGAGCAGCGACCCACAGUUCCCAUCUCUUAACUACUCGUGCCUCGCAUCACGGAGGCUUGCAAGCUUUUUCUGAGGUUUCUGGAGAGAUUUUCAAAGAUCCACCGAUGUUCAGUGUUGGCUGCACGUUCCCAGAGCUGGGCAUUCUCAGCUUGGUCACAGUAACACUGAAACCACAGGCCGGGUGUCAGCAGGUGUGUGGCUGCUCGGGCUAAAGCCUGGGUUUCUCCAUUUUGCCUUUUAUUUUAACUGAGGGAGGAUGUGCUCGUCUGUUACUUAGGGAGCCUGUGUGUUGUGCUGCAGUUUGGCAGCAUCAUUGCUAUAAUUUUUAGCUGAGAUGGCCUUCCCUUCUAGACAAAGGCAUAACUUGAGCUUCUGGAGGUGGGAGAUAAAACAGAGAACAUCUCGCUCUGGUACCACGUGCAUCUCUGACAGAGCGAAUCCCAGGCUUAAGGGUACCAAUAGCUCCCAGGGACCCGUUCUUACCUCUGCCAAGAUGGAAAUAACUGAACUGAAUGUCAUUUCAGUGUUGCUGCCCUGGUGCAAGGUUAGCUGUGUUUGGAAACCUAUUUUGGUUUGAAACAGGACACUCCUCUGAAAUGUGUGUCCACAGUUAGGAGUGCUGUGAAGCAAUACCGGGUCUCGAUUUUGCUCAUUCUGUCCCUUAAGUUCCUGUUUCCAUCCCAUACAGUCACUAAGUGUAGAUUUUGCAGCUGGUGCAGGGCAACUUUCUCUUAGGGAGCCUGUGUGCAGGGGUGAUUCCAUGCAUGCCUUCCAUGGUGGUGAAAUGUAGCACUGAAAUUCUUCCUGCUGCUGGUGGUGGCCUCCAGGGCCCUGGUGCUGAUUGCCACUGCAGGCUCCUGUUUUUGUGACUGUGUCCUGUUCAUGAGCAGGAAUGGAAAGCUGGCUGGGGCUGUGUCCAGGUCGCAGUGGGGAGUGUGCAGGAGAGCUGUGGCAGUGUGGCUGUGCCUUCCUGCAGGGAUGGGCAGGGCUCUGAGCCCAGUGUCUGCUGUGGUGUGUGGGACCAUUUCCCACAGACUGCAGGGACACAGUGAGGUAGUUGGGUUUUUUUUCCAGUUGUGCCUCAUACUUUUCUGCCUGUGGGAAGAGCAAGCCGGUGUCAAAAUGCAGGGCUUGUAGUUAGAGGAAGAAACAAUAACACCAUUCUCCCUCUAAGUCCCUGGCUAUUUAACUUCAGAGCUUUGCUGGCAGCAUGGUGUUUCUGUAGCAAAUACAUUGAAAGGCCUGAUCUGGUCAUGUACCCACCAGCUCUUGAACUUGCUGAACUUGUUGAAAAGGAACACUGAGAGCAGAAAAUGGUCUAGAAACUGACAAUAAUGUAUUCAUUUCUGAAAGCGAGUUCUUCUGCUGUACGUGUGUCCCAGCCAGAGCCCAGCAGUGUGUGUGGUCAGUCACGUCAGCGGAGCCAGCAGAAAAGUAUGCCUAGGAUAAACUAAUAAAGGCAGAUGAGCUAACAAGGAAAUGGGAGACAACAAACAAAAAGUCUGUAAACAGACAAAAACUUGGGAGUGCUGGCAGAAAGGAAGGUGUGUGUGACUAUGGGCAUGGCUUGUGGGAAGAAGGCUGUGCCAGAAACCAGGGGAGUCCCAGAAGGUGUCUGCUGCAGCUGGGCAUCAAGAUCCCUGGGACACUACUGCUGCCUCGAGGUGUGUCUGCUUCCAGGGUUGGGGAGCAUUCAGGAUAGAGCCAGCAGCGUGGUGGCUGCUUGUCCGAGAGUGCAUCCUGUCCAUCUCAGCCUGCUCUGCUGUGUGCUGCUGGGGGCUGGUGCUGGCAGGAUGCACAAGGACAUUUUCUGUUAGAGACACAUUCUUUCUCCCCUGGCUCUGUCUGGCCCCACAGUGUUCUGAUGCUUCUUCCUUCCCCAGAGCUCACAUCCGGCUUCCUUUGGCUGCUGGGGUGUGCUGGGGGCUGGAUGUGGCCCCACAGCUGAGAACAGCUUCCAGGAGCAUGCUCCCCAUUAAUGGGAAAAGUGUUCUAUUGUUUUGGGCUGCUCCAGAAUAGCCCUGCAGCGGGUGGUGGUCUCCACAGUUCGGCACAGGCCGCUCACUGCAGGAUUCCAUAUCCGGGGCCGAGGCUUGGCCGCUGUGAUGGCAGGUGGGCAUGCAGGUCAAACUCACGUUGCUAAGGAGAAUUAAAAUAACAAGCUGCCUAAUAGAGGUAUUUAUAGAAUCUGGCUCCUUAGUUUAAUUUCCUCUUUUGCUGUUUGUUUUUUCAUUUUUGAGUUAAAAGGCGCAGUGGAAAAGAAACCAAAGUUUGUUGACACUCUUGUGGAGAAGUGCAGUGUAACUAAUCUGUGUGAUUGCUCAGCCAGAGACUGCCCUCUGACCUGUGCAGAGUUCACAGAAACAUUUAUCCUGGCGUGCAGCUGACUUCUGCUGCUCCAUGUCUGUUCCAGGGCCCAGACUUGCUCUCUUUUAUUGCCUGCAGCACGAUGUUUGUUCAGACUGGGCAUUGUGAAGUGUAAACCCAGGUCCCACUGGCACCAGUACUCACCUCUGCCUUUUCUAGAAGCAGACCAGCCCACCAUGCCCGAGGUGCGGGAGCUGAGCGAUGCCCUGCCCGAGCUGCCCAUGGACCCCAUCACCGGCGUCGGCGUGCUCGCGUCCCGCGGCCGCGCUCCCACCGGGUACGAUGUGGUUGCACAAACAGCAGAUGGCUUGGAUGCUGACCUGUGGAAAGAUGGCUUAUUUAAAUCCAAGGUCACACGGUACCUGUGCUUCACCAGAUCAUUUUCCAAAGAAAAUAGUCAUUUAGGCAACGUCUUGGUGGAUAUGAAGCUCAUUGAUAUCAAGGACACUUUACCUGUAGGCUUCAUGCCCAUCCAGGAGACCAUUGAUACACAAGAAGUAGCUUUCAGGAAGAAGAGGCUGUGCAUUAAAUUCAUUCCACGGGAUUCUACAGAGGCAGCGAUCUGCGAUAUCCGGAUCCUGGGCAGGUCUAAGCAAGCCCCUCCUCAGUACACGUUCAUAGGGGAGCUGAACAGCAUGGGGAUCUGGUACCGCAUGGGCAGGGUCCCGCGCAAUCACGACUCGGCGCCGCCCGCGGCCACUCCCACCCCAGCGCCGGCUCCAGCCCCUGCUCCCAACCUGCCAAGGCACAUCUCGCUGACACUGCCAGCCAGCUUCCGGGGCAAGGGCCACAGCAGCCGCCUGGACCUGGAGCACCAGCACUCCAACCUGUGUGCCAUCUCAGCAAUGGAUGGAGUGCCUUUUAUGAUUUCCGAGAAGUUUGCCUGCGCUCCUGAAGGGAUGCAGCCAGUUGAUCUCUUGGGUAUCACAAUCAAAACCCUUGCAGAAAUUGAAAAGGAGUACGACUACAGCUUCCGGACGGAGCAGAGCGCGGCCGCCCGCCUGCCGCCCAGCCCCACCCGCUGCCCGCCCGUGCCAGUGCCACCGUCCUGAGAGGCACGGCUGGAGCGUGUGUGUGUGUGUGUGUGUGCACUGCUGAGCAGGACUGGGGCAUGGGGACACGGCCACGGAACCAUCCACGGAACCAUCCACCAUGGGCCAUCCACCAUGGGGCAUCCACCACGGAACCCUCCACGGGCCUGGCUGUGUUCCC